GCUGUUGUACAACUGAUUAUCUACUUUCAUUUUGGGUUAGAAUCGUAAUAGAAAAUUGUUUACUGUGAGUGAAGUGAGUGAGAAAAGGAAACCACCCUAGCUCUGCAAGUAUGGCAGCCUCAAUCAUUGACGAUUGGCAGUCCUGUAGAAACCUUCAGUUUUGUAACCGCCACAUGUGGACCAAUCAGGUGGCCUGUGACAUUGACUUCUUGGUGGGAGAAGACAAAGAAAGAGUUCCAGCACAUAAAUAUAUCCUCAUCAGCAGAAGUUGUGUCUUCUUUACUAUGUUCUGUGGACCCCUGGCUGAAACACAAAGGGAAAUAACUCUGCCAGAUAUCGAACCACCAGUGUUCAAGGCAUUGUUGGAAUUUCUGUAUACAGACAGUGUUGACCUGCAACCAGACAUAGUGCUGCCAUUGUUGUAUGCUGCUAAGAAAUACUCUGUCCAGGCAUUAGUCAAACAAUGCAUUCAGUACCUGGAGCUGGACCAGACCACCGAGAACAUCUGUGCCAUAUUAGAACAGUCACAUCUGUACGAUGAACAUGAACUCCAACGCAAGUGCAUGGGCUACAUCUGUCGCAACACAAAAGAGGUGCUGAUAUCUGAAGAUUUCCUCAGCUUGUCGUCACAGUGUCUGGAGGUGAUAUUGUCCAGCGAUGAACUGCAGAUCGACGAGAAGUCGGUACUUGAUGCGACAUUGAAGUGGGCCAAUGCUAGAUGUAAGGAGAAAAAUCUGGAAGUAAAUGCAGAGAACCAGAGGAGAGUGUUGGGGAACAUUAUUUAUUUGGUCAGGUUUCCGUUACUAGGGGACCAAUACUUCACAGAGGUUGUGGCAGACAUGGAUAUUCUGACAGAUUCAGAAAAAGUUGAACUCUUCAAAUACUUCUUUAAGAAGGACAGAAGUAAAAAGUGCAAGUUCAGCCCAAUUAAUCGCUACUCGGGUUUAGACUCGCCUACUUCCAUGACCACUUCUUUCCACUCAGACGUCAAUGAUAGUCGGCCGAUUCAGACCUGCAUCCGAUACGGAGCGGUUUACGAGGAUGGCUCGUGGUAUUGCGGGGGAGAGCCAGACGCCAUCUCUUUCACUUGCAAUGAGAAGAUUUCUCUUCAUGGUCUCCUGGUGUAUGGUUCCUAUAUCGGUGAAGGAGUAUAUGAUGUGACGUGCUCCCUGUAUGAUACCAUGGAUAUAGAAAAGGUGACCAGGAAAACAAGACUGAAAACCAGUGAGAGUCAACACACCUAUCCCAUUCUCCUGGAAACUCCAGUCGACAUCGGACCAAAAAAGAAGUACAGCUUAGUGGUGAAACUUUUAAGCUCCGACGGACUGGACACUUACCAAGGGAAGAACGGACAGAGCACAGUUACCUGCUCAGGAGUUCGCUUUAGUUUUAGCAAGUCCAAAUUCAGUCGAAAUGGAACUGAUGUGAAGAUUGGACAAAUUCCUGGCAUCUUGUUUACCACUUGUAGACAAGACUCUUCCGAUGAAUUUGAUUCAACAUGACAGUUUCAUGAAUUGACCUGUGGCAUUGCUAGUGCUGUCUAGCAAAAAAUGUGAUAAUAUUUGAUCAGCCUUGACUGAUUUUAUAAUGCUUUUGUAUAACCAGAUUAUCUAUGCAUAUACUUGUUAUAUUUGCUUAUUGCUUUAACAAUGCAAAGUCAUCUUAAUAUGUUCAUUUAUGGAAUAUAUUAACAUUCUUGUUCAUACACUUACUGAUCUGAUCACCCCGACCUUUGUCAACUUGUCACUCAGAGACAAAUCAAUUCAGGUGAAACCCUUCUUAUAUUGGAAUGAAGGUUGUCUCCUCUUCUCUAUACACUGAAGCAGUAGCUUGUUAUCAAUUAUAAAUAAAGGAAAGAUGAAUUAUUAUUAUAAAUUAACACUUCAAUUUUAAGACAAUCGGUUUUAAGGAUUUUGCUCAUUCAUUUACUUAACUAAUGCUUGUGCAAAAAUGCAGGGUCACAUUAUUUGAAUCAUUCCAUAAAAAAAUUCAUAAGUGAUUAUACUAUAAAAGUUGAAAUUGAAUUUUCAAAGGGGAGGGGGUGGGGUCCAAACCACUACAUCUGCGCAGAAAUUGCAACAAAAAUGAAUUGACAUAACAUGGCAUCUCAUAUUUUUUAAAGCGUUAUACAUCUAUUUAUUUGCAAGUCAUACCCACGUGAAUUUUCUAGUUGCGGUUAAUGCUGUAUAUAAUGUUUUAGCUUGUACUUAACUAAGCAUACAUCAGAAUUGUUACCUUGACUCUUUUUCUCAAUAAAAAGUUUUGACUUUUUAUUGCCAUUUGAUUUAAAUAUAUGUUUAAUCAUUCAAGCUGUAUAUGAUAAAAUUUGUCAUAGUGUAGAAUCUUCCUUUCCAAACUAUGCAUUAUAUUAAAUUUUACGAAUCUUAUACAUUUCUAGUCAUUUUAUAAAUGUCAAUAAAGCUUAAUAUUCUGUUCAUUUGUGAUUACCGGUAUAUACAUGUAUAUAUUUUUACAGUAUGUAACUUUUUUUCAUAUCAAAUAGCUUCUUUUCAUAUCACAUAUAUAUAUA